CGAUUAAUUAUGUCGGCAUACUCGACUUUAUAUGAGAUCUGGUUUAUAUUUAUGACAACAAACACAUUACUUUUGCCAAAAUAAACAUUAAUUUUGUCAGUUAUUGCUAUACACGAGCCGACGCGUACCCCACAGGUUUCUUUUACUUAAAAGCAGCAAAAAAAGGCAAAGGUUAUGACAUUUAAGGGAGAGUUCCGGGAUAGGGAGAGAGGAGAUAGAGAUAUGCUUAUGUUCGUGUGUACAGAGCAUGAACCAUCUAGCUUUUAACCUACCCAUUUGCUGUCUUUUUGGGGUUUAUUAUUAGUAUUCUGUGAAAGAUCUGAAGAAAAAGGCUGGCAUUUGGUGCUUCUUCUUGAUUGCUGAGUUUGUAGAUUUGUAGUGGGCAGUUAAUAUGGCCGUUCAGGCUCAGUUCUGCUCUGAAAAUAUGGGUUUGCCUUUGCCCAUUUGUGGCUCACAGGAUUGGCUUAUAAGCUCUGUUUUGGGGAUUGAUGAUGGUGCUUGUUUUCAAGACUCUCCACAAGGGGCAACAAAACUUCAUCAAGGGUUUCAGCUAUUGGGUCCUAAUAGAAAUUCAGCUGCUUCUUCUUCGUCAAGUGGAAGCGCAUUUCUGUCAAUGGAGUUUUCUCAAUCUCUGGCUUCUGAGCUUGAAAAACAGAGUCUAGACAUUGAUUGGUACCUUCACUUACAGAAAGAGGGACUGAGUAGAGUUUUACAAGAGAAAACGAGGCAACAACAAGCACUUCUGUUGCAUGGAUUUGAAUCAAAAAUGAUGAGAUUAAUGUGGCAAAAAGAUGAAGACAUAGCAGUUGCAAAGAAGAAAACUAUGGAGCUCCAAGGUUGCAUGAUAAGGGCAGAGAUGGAGGCCAAAGUGUGGCAGAAAAAGGCACUAGAGAAGGAAGCCAUAGUCUUAGACCUCCACAACAGGCUCAAUCAAGUCAAGAAGAGAGAUUGUUUCUUCUUUCAUGGAGUCCAAGACUCAGAGUCUUUCUGUGAUUCCUCCAACAAAGGAGACAAAGACCAAGAAGGUAAAGAAGAGCAGAGGGAAAAGAUGUUAUGCAAGCUGUGUCAUGCUCGAAGGUCGUGCGUUGUUUUUCUUCCUUGCAGGCACCUCUGCUCCUGCAAGUCUUGUGAAGCUUUUCUUGGUCUCUGUCCUGUCUGUCAAUCUGUAAAAAAGGGAAGCAUAGAGGUUUCUCUGGUCUAAGAAAGAGAGAAAAGGAGAGAAAAAAGGGGAAAAACGGAGAAGGAAGGUAAAAAGAGCAGGAAAGAAGGUCGCUAGUGAAGGACACUAAAUGCAGAUGUACUGGUUUAAAUUGUACUUUUGGGUUAGAUCUAUUUCUUGGGUCUUUGGUUUCUGAUUGUUUUUUGGUACUAGCUAGCAACUAUGACCCAAAUCAAUGGGAUAUGAUAUGACGGU